AUGUCUUGGACACCUGAUCCGCAAGCAUUAGAACAAUUGAAACAUAUUUUCAAAGGGACUUUAUCGAGUAAUAAUGAAGAAAGAAGAUUAGCCAAUGAAGCGUUAAUUCAAGCAAAACAACAACCCGAAAUUGAAAAUUAUUUAUUUACUUUAUUAAUCGAUGACGGUAAUGGUAGUAGUAAUGGCACUAGUAAUGGAUCAACUACAGCAACUACUGGUACUACUACAACUACAAGAUCAGAUGUUCGUGCAGCAGCAGGGAUUAAUUUGAAAAAUAAUAUAUUAAAGAAUAAAUCUAUUGAUCGAACUUAUUUAAUAAACAAUAUUAUGAAAGGAUUAAUGUCACCUGAUUCAUUAGUAAGAAAUAUUACUGGGAAUGUCAUUACUUCAAUGUUUUCAAUUUAUGGAUUAGAUAAUUGGUCUUCUGCUUUAACUGAUUUGUUAAAUUUGAUUCAACAACCUCCUAUUGGUGAUAAUAAUAACAAUAGUUAUAUCCCACAAGAGGCAGCCAUGAGCGCUCUAAGUAAAAUAUGUGAAGAUUCUUAUUUAGAAUUAGAUCGUGAAUUCCAAAAUAAUCGUCCUUUGAAUUAUUUAAUUGGAGAAUUUUUGAAAUUGAUUGAACAACAUCCAAGUGGUAAAAUUAAAGCUGGAGCCAUUCAUUGUAUAAAUCAAUUUAUCCCUUUGAACACACAAAGUUUUUUAAUUGUUUUAGAUGAUUAUCUUAAUAAAAUUUUCAAUUUAGCUGGUCAUGAUGGUCAACAAAAUAAUGAAGUUCGGAAAAAUAUUUGUACGUCAUUCUUAUUAAUUGUUGAAACUAGACCAGAUAAAUUAUUACCUCAUUUAGAUGGAGUAAUCAAUUAUUGUUUACAUUUAAUGCAACAAGAUACUAGUACUGAAGUUUCAUUAGAAGCUUGUGAAUUCAUGUUGGCAUUAGCAACUAAUAAAGAAUUGAAUGUUUUCACACCCGAGAAAUUGAAAAUAAUUUUACCAAUAUUAUUAGAUAAAAUGGUAUAUUCAGAAGAAGAAAUUUUCCUUAUUGAAAUUGCUGAUUCUAAAGAUGAUGCUAAUGUUGUUGAUAAAGAUGAAGAUAUUAAACCAACCAAUGCCAAAUCCAAAGAAACUAGAAAUGGCAAUUCACGCAAUUCUGGUUCUGGCGAUGACAACGGAAACGACGAUGAUGACGACGACGAUGAUGAUGAUGACGACGAUGAUGGUGAAUUGGAACAAUGGAGUUUAAGAAAAUGUGCUGCUGCCACAUUAGAUGUAUUGAGUGAAUCUUUAGCUCAAGAAGUAUUAUUGGUGACUUUGCCCAUUUUACAAGAAAAAAUCGUUUCACCAAAUUGGCCAAUACGUGAAGCAGCCAUAUUAGCCUUUGGAGCCAUGAGCAAUAGUUUUAUGAAAUUAUCAGGUAAUGAAUUACCUAGUUUGGUGCCAUUUUUAGUAGAUCGUUUACAAGAUAAUGAACCCAGAGUACGACAAAUAACAUGUUGGACGUUAUCAAGAUAUUCUACUUGGGUUAGUGAAGAAGCUCAUGAAGGUGGUCAAUAUGCCAAUUAUUUCCAACCAACAUUCCAAUCUAUUGUUGCUUGUGCCUUGGAUUCGAAAAAAAUCGUCCAAGAAGCUGCAUGUUCAGCAUUAUCAUCAUUUAUUGAAGAAAGUGAUGCUAGUUUAAUUGAAUUUUAUUUAGAACCCUUAUUACAUCAUUUUGCUAAAUGUUUCCAAGUAUAUCAACGGAAAAAUUUGGUGAUUUUAUAUGAUUGUGUGCAAACAUUUGUUGAAAAAAUGGGGUAUGAGAAUUUAUCAUUGAAACCAGAAUAUCCACAAACAUUAUUACCACCUUUAUUAAGUAAAUGGGAACAACUAGAUGAUGAUGAUACUGAUCUUUGGCCAUUAUUAGAAUGUAUGGCAUCAAUUGCUGCCUCAUUAAGAGAAAUUUUUGCCCCUUAUGCUGUCCCUGUAUAUGAACGGGCCACGAAAAUUUUAUCCAACUGUAUAUUGUUAGAUCAAGAAUGUCAUACUGAUCCUGCUAUUGACCCACCGGAAAAAGAUUUUAUGGUGACAUCAUUAGAUUUGAUUGAUGGAUUAGUACAAGGGUUUGAAUAUCAUUCGGUUGAUUUAAUCAAUCAAAAUCAUAAAUCUAAUUUGAUUGAAUUAAUGUUGAUUUGUUUUGAAGAUUAUAAUGGUGAUGUUAGACAAUCAGCUUAUGCAUUAUUAGGAGAUUUGGCCAUUUUCACCAUUGAAUUGUUAAAACCUUAUUUACGACAAAUUUUCAUAUCGAUUGGUAAUGAAAUCAAUAAUCGUACUUACGAAACUUAUCCUGUUUAUAAUAAUGCUAUAUGGGCAUUAGGUGAAAUGAUCAUUAGAUUACCAAUAGAAGAAACUAAACCAUAUAUUGAUAAUUUAGUGGAUUUAUUAAUUCCUGUUCUUAAUAGUAAUGAUAUUCAAUCUACGGUAGCAGAAAAUGCCGCUAUUUGUUUAGGAAGAAUGGGGAUUAAUGCUGCUGAAUUAGUCAAUGGGAAAUUAAAUCAAUUCAUUGAAGCAUGGUGUUCGAGAUUUUUAUAUUUAAUUGAUAAUAAUGAAAAGGAAACUGGUUUCCAAGGUAUUAUUAAUAUGAUUAAUUUAAAUCCCGAUAAUGGAUUUGGAGGAUUAUCAACUCAACAUGGUAAAAAAAAUUUAGCAGCAUUUUUAGCUUGUAUUGGAAAUUAUCAAGAAAUUCCUUCAAAUGAAUUACAACAUUUAUUUAUUGAUUUAAUUAAUAAUUAUAAAUCUUUAUUAGGAAAUGAAAAUUGGAAUCAAAUAUUACAAUUUAUUGAUCCAGAAAUUAGAAAUCGAUUGAAUAGUAUAUAA